GACCAUUCACACCAAAGAAUCUCCCUCUCCCCUGUCACUCCCUCUCUCCCUCUCCACUCAGAGAGAUACAUAUAUAUUUCAUUUUGCAUCUCUCUCUCCGUCUCUCUCCCUCCCUCCCUCUGCAUCUUGGACCAUCUCUCUCUCUCUCUCUCUCUCCCUCUCUCCCUCUCUCUCUCAUGCACUCUUACCAUCCACCAUUACUAAAUACACCUCUACAUCAUUAAUCUAUUCCAACUAUACAUAAAAUAUAUGUAACUGCAAUUUACUCCAAAGCCCUCUCCUUUCUCUAUUAACAAAUUCUCUCCUCAAGUCCAAGCAAAGUUCUCACCUUUUUCUUUAUCUCCCUUUCUUGCAUCUCUCUUUCUUCUGAAUUUCUGUGCCCUCAUAGAGAUCUACUCAAAUGGGGUUUACCCAAUGCAUCACUUGUGCCACCUCAGAAGACUCGCCGGCUUCAAAUACUAAAGUGGCUACUAGUGAUAAUACUGAGAAAAAGCCCUCCAAGUAUAAUGAGCUAAAGAGCCUCAAAUUCAAGACUUUGUUGCAAAAAAUGGUUUGGGAAUUUGGGCUUUCUUGUUUUCUUCCGGCUUCCAAUAGACUAGAAGAUGACAAGAAUAUCAAGAAUUCUGAACACAACAAGGCUUGGUUGCUUGCUGAGACUGGCCCUGAAUUGACAAAUGCUGACCCUCAUUCUUCAUUCAGGUUCAGUUUUUGCUCACAGAUUGAUCUUGAAUCAAUGACUGCUAAUAAUUCUUGUUCUUCUACUGUUUUAAUGGUGAAUUUGGACAAUGGUUUGAUUGAAUCUGGAUCUCGAGAACUAAAAUGGAGUAGGAUUGAGUCAUUAGAGAGGACUAUAUCUCCUGUGGUCCAUACCCUUGUUAGAUUCACUUAUGAUGAACUUCUACAUGCUACUCACAGCUUUUCCAAAGGUAGAGUUUUGGGUAGAGGUGCAUUGAGCUAUGUAUUUAGAGGAAGAGUUGGAUACCUGAGGACUACUGUCGCGGUUAAGCGACUAGAUAAAGAAGAUAAAGAGUCUUCAAAAGCAUUUUGUAGGGAACUGAUGAUUGCUAGUUCUCUCCACAAUCCAUUGGUUGUUCCUCUGGUUGGGUUUUGUAUUGAUCCAGAUGAGGGCUUGUUUUUGGUAUACAAAUUUGUGUCCGGUGGAAGCUUAGAAAGAUAUUUGCAUGAAAAGAAGAAGGGUGUGAAGGGCGGUUGUUCACUUCCCUGGUCUGUUAGGUAUAAAGUUGCAACAGGAAUCGCAGCGGCAAUUGGGUAUUUACAUAAUGGGACUGAAAGGUGUGUAGUUCACAGAGACAUUAAGCCCUCAAACAUUCUUCUCUCUUCCAAUAAAAAUCCUAAGUUGUGUGACUUUGGAUUAGCUACAUGGACUCAAGCACCUUCAGUCCCUUUUCUUUGCAAAACUGUAAAAGGAACAUUUGGGUAUUUGGCUCCUGAAUAUUUCCAACAUGGAAAAAUAUCAGACAAAACUGAUGUUUAUGCCUUCGGUGUGGUUCUUCUGGAAUUAGUAACUGGGAGGAAGCCAAUUGAAACAAGAACAGAACCAGGGGAAGGAAACAUGAUUUCAUGGGCAAAACAACUUUUGCAGCAAGGAGCAAUUGAAGAAUUGAUUGAUCCGAAUAUCAAGUUCACUCAGAAAAACUUGAAACAAAUUACGCGGAUGGUCCAAGCUGCGGCUGCUUGUAUAUCCAAUGAAGAAUCCCGGAGACCCAACAUCACUGAAAUUAUUACAAUAUUGAAAGAAGUGCAAACCAAUCCAUCUAAUAAGAAGAAAUCUAGUUUUCCAGGUAAUGGUUCUGUUACCGACUGUUACACUCCAUUACAACAGUCAAGAAGCGAUAUGAAGGACCAUUUAGCUCUGGCAAUGCUAGGAGUUUCAGAAGUUGAAAAUGACGAUCACUUAGGUUAUCUUUGGGACUGAUAGAUCACUAAUCUCCUGACCAUAUUAAUAGCAAUUUGCGUGGAAAGUUAUAUUUUGUAAAUCUUUUCAAAAAUGUGUAUAGGCCAGCUGGUAGCAUGCUGAGGUUGAGCAAUCAUAUGUACAUACUGAAUAUUUGUGCUUUAUAAUAGAAGAUUACUUUGUAGGGUGGAAAUUCUAGAAUCAAUUAUCCUUACUUUACCAUGGCAAUUUUUUUCUUUGACCAA